UAUAUACAUAUAUAUGCCUUUAUUUGAGGCAAGUGAAAUGGCGGACGUUGGUUCUCAAGGAAGAAGAAAAGGGAGUCGAUGGCCUCUUGUUUUUCUCAUCGUCUUAGUUGCGAUUCCGGUGGCGUUAGCGGUGGUUCUAUACAGACUCGACUCGUUCGAGGCGGCUGCUCUGCCCAUCCACGAGUUCUCCGGGCCCACAACAACCGCGGCGGCGCGUAACGGGCACACGCUGCGUGGGGCGGAGAGAGUGGGGGAGGGAGCACUGCUGGCACCGGAAGACCUGGCCUACGACUCCAAGUCGGGUGUGAUUUACACGGGCUGCGACGACGGGUGGGUGAAGCGAGUCAGGUUGAGUGACUCGGUGGUGGAGAACUGGGUCAACACCGGAGGUAGGCCGCUGGGAAUCGUUCUGGACCAUAACAACGAUCAGGUUCUCGUCGCCGAUACGGAAAAGGGACUGCUAAGCAUAAGUAGAGAAGAAGGUGUUGUAAAGCUACUGACAGAGGAAGCCGAGGGUGUGAAGUUCAUGCUAACAGACGGCGUAGAUGUGGCCGAAGAUGGCAUCAUUUACUUCACAGACGCCUCUCACAAGUACAGCUUGGAUGACUUCAUGUGGGACAUCCUCGAAGCCAAUCCCAAUGGCAGAUUGCUCAGCUACGAUCCUCGCACUAACCUAACCAAAGUGCUUCUUCAUGACCUUUACUUCGCCAAUGGAGUUUCACUCUCACCUGACCAGACCUGUCUCAUCUUCUGUGAAACCCUCAUGAGAAGGUGUAGAAAGUAUCACAUAAAAGGAGAAAGAAAAGGAAGUGUUGAGCCAUUCAUUGAUUUCUUGCCAGGGAUGCCUGACAAUAUUCGCUAUGAUGGGGAAGGUCUUUACUGGAUUGGACUGUCUACGGAAGCUACUCAAUCUUGGGAUUUAGCACUGAGAUACCCUUUCAUUAGAAAGCUUGUGGCACUCCUUGAGAAGUACAAUUGGAGACCAAAGAUGGAGAAGAAUGGAGGUGCUUUGGGUGUGGAUUUAGAAGGAAAACUUGUUUCACACUACCAUGAUCCUGGCUUGUCACUCAUUUCAAGUGGACUCAAGAUUGGAAAUCACCUCUACUUAGGCUCCAUUGCUUAUCCCUAUAUUAUCAGACUCAAUCUACUAAAAUACCCAGCACAACCUCCUACCACCACCACCACCACUUGAGCCAUAAACAUGUUUGUGUUGUAUAACUAGUCACUUUUUUUAUUCAGAAAAUCAACUCAAUAAUGUAUUAAAUGCAUAUUUGGAAUGUUUGUUAUCAAUCAAAAUAUCAUACAACACAGUGACACACA